UCGAGUCAUGAAGAAUUACAACUGUUAAGUAUCGUUUAAAUUUUGUUGUGAUUCAUAAGUUAAAAAAAAAAUCCUUUUUCAAAUUAUCACCAUGUUGAAUAUUAUGUGUUUGAAAAGCAAUUUCAUACUAUGCUGUCGAAGCACAGAGUGAAGUGUAUAUUACGGAGUUAUAUCGUCCAAGAAGCCCAUGUGAUUCUCGUGUGUUAACUCUAUUUGUAUUUUGUAAUAGGAAUUAUGGCUCGUCUAAGUUCUUACUACACUUUGUGUCCUCUUAUCGAUCAGCAAAAUCUACUUGGUGUAGAAACAGACUCAAGCCCUGGAUGUGCAAUAGUUACACUUGGCAAAAACAUUGUCAUUAGAUACAAGCUCCAAGAUUUAAAACAAGUUAGUAGUUGGUCCACUAAAGAACGUUUGAGCACCAAAGUUAUUUUUGAUGAAAUUUUGAAUAACUAUGUUGCUGUUUUUAAUGGGAAAAACAUUAGGAUAUGGAAAGAGGAAGAAACAAAUUUGGAUAGCGUUAAAAAAUAUAAAUUCCUAUCACCAAUACAUACCAUUCUCACAUUCAAAGAUGGUCCACCAAUUUUGGUAUUACAAAAUGGAGCUACUGCAUCAUUAACUUGGGCCCUUGAAAACAGAAAAAAUUGGGAUGAUCAUGGAAUUUUAAAACCAGAUGAAAAAAUACUCAAUUGUCAACUGGUUUUUGUAAAAGAAAAACUGUAUUUGUGUGCUUUGUUGAAUAUGGAACAAACAUACAGUUACAUUGUUGUUCCACUCAAAAGGGACAGUCAUAUGGAAGGAUCGGAACAACACACAAGAUUAGACCUGAAAAGAUCUUCUGAAACUUUAGUUGGUCACGUACUUUUACACAACGAUGAUAAUGCUCAUCUACUCACACUGUGGUCACAUGGACGACUAUACAGCUAUCCCCUCAUCGGAUCAGCCUCGGAAUCAAUUCCUGGUUCAUUAGUUAGUGUUUUGGAGGUUGUUAAAACCAGUUAUCCAGUAGUUAUGGUUGCUCUGAAUGAAAGUACAAUAGCAGGAUAUGGUGCAGAUUCCUCCGAAGAAGGAGCAGUGUUAUUUAUUUAUAAUGUUCAAUUUAAAUUGGUUCAAGCUGUUCAAAAAUUAAAACUUUACACAGCAGAGUCGAAACUUUGGAAAAUUGAAGAUAAACUGUUGUUAGCAGCUAACCGACAUCUUGCUAUAGCCCCUUACAAUCUAGAGCCACAGAGACUCAAGUCAAUGCUCGGUUCAACUCUAAAUUUUAAAAAUAACAAUCUAGCAGAGGAUGACAUAGUUGUUGUUCAAGAAUCCGAAGUUGCGGAUUGGGGAAAAGCUCUGCCAAGUGAAAUGGCUCAUAAAGUACCUGUACAUAAGCUUAAAAGUAGUCUUGCAACUCAAAUUUCUGCUUCCUUGCGUGAAGGAACAAAUGAUGCUACGAUACAUAACAACAUCAUACCACAGUUAAUUGAAUCUAAAGAUGUUUCAUCUAUUUUAUGGUGUCUAGAAAAUUUGAAGGAAGUACCCGUAGAAUCGUUACUUCAGAUUUUAACAUUUAGUUUAAAAACGGAUAUAUGUGCUUCUGCACCAAAUGGAUGCCUGGAAAAUUCCAAGCCAAGUGUAUAUGAAACUUUACAAAGCGAUCUAUUAAACAAAAUUUUAGAAGUUCAACACACGGACAUUUCCUUAGUGUCUUACCUUAAAACGGGACUAAAUUUUGACGCUACUUUAAAAUUAUUAAGCCAUUUAAUAUGUAAACUUGAUGAUGAAGCCACCAAUGAUGAUCAACUUGGUUCUAAACAAAAAUUAGAUAAUUCUCAACUUUACGAGUGGGUAAAACUUUUAUUAGAUUCUCAUUAUCAGGAUUACAUAUUAUCUCAAGAUGGAGAAGUACUAGUUAUGUUUGAAAAAUUGAAGAUAGUAUUGGAUGAUCACUUUGAAUUGUUACGAGAUUUGGGAAGUCUGAGAGCAUUAAUCAAAAGGGUAAUAGACGGAAAACCUCUGACAGUAAAAUCUAAUGAUGUGAGCAGAUUAUAUUCGAUAGAAGCAAUAAAAUUAUACUAAAAUAAUUAAAUAAAUAUUUUUUAAAUAAACUAA